AUGCAAAACAUUAUAUCUUUUGCCGAGGCGGCGAAGCACACGAAGGAAGACGAUUUAUGGUUGAUUAUCAACAAGAAGGUCUACGACAUUACGAAGUUCGUGGACCAGCACCCAGGAGGUGUGGACACGCUCACAGGUGCGGCUGGCAAAGAUGGGACGGAUGAUUUUAACUCCGUUGGCCACAGUGACUCCGCAAAAAAGGAAAUGGAGAAAUAUUACAUCGGCGAAUUGGAUCCAAAUGACGCCGAGAAGCUCAAAGCGCCUUUAAGGACAAGUGCGGGCAACACAACAACCAUCGCCAUUGUGGUGGCACUCAUCGCCCUCUGUGCGUACUUAAUUUUUUUCCCCUGA